AUGAUGGUCAAGUGGUGGAGGGUGAAUAGCACCAUUGAGCAACUCCUUGCAGCCAACCUCACACCCUCAGAGACUGCGUCCAACUUCGCUGCCUGCGGUAUGCACUCGGCCCUCGAGAUUCAGACAGUAACGACAGAGAAGAAGAAGAAGAAGAAGAAGAAGAAGAAGAAGAAGAAGAAGAAGAAGAAGAAGAAGAAGAAGAAGAAGAAGAAGGAAAAGGAAAAGAGAAAAGAGAAAAAGAAAAGAAAGUGA